GGAGGUUGGCGCGGGUGGGGUGCUUGGCUGGGGAGGGGCGCUCCCCGGUGGUCGGGGUUUCCUGUCUGCUGCGGCGGGACCCGGCAGCGAGCGGCGACACCAGCGGCGGGGAACCGACGAAGGGUGUGGCCAUGGUGAUGGCGGUGGAGGACAGCGCGGUGCGGGUCGUGGUGCGGGUGCGGCCCCCCACCCCGAGGGAGUUGGAGAGUCAGCGGCGGCCUGUGGUCCAGGUGGUGGAUGAGCGGGUGCUGGUGUUCGACCCUGAGGAGCCCGAUGGGGGCUUCCUUGGCCUGAAAUGGGGCAGCGUCCAUGACGGCCCCAAGAAGAAGGGCAAAGACCUGACCUUUGUCUUUGACCGGGUCUUUGGCGAGACCGCCACCCAACAGGACGUGUUCCAGCACACCACCCACAGCAUCCUGGACAGCUUCCUCCAGGGCUACAACUGCUCAGUGUUUGCCUAUGGGGCCACUGGGGCCGGGAAGACACACACCAUGCUGGGAAGAGAGGGCGACCCCGGCAUCAUGUACCUGACCACCAUGGAGCUGUACAGAAGGCUUGAGGCCUGCCGGGAGGAGAAGAGAGUCGAGGUGCUCGUCAGCUACCAGGAGGUGUACAAUGAGCAGAUCCACGACCUCCUAGAGCCCAAGGGGCCCCUUGCCAUCCGUGAGGACUCCGACAAGGGGGUGGUGGUGCAAGGACUUUCCUUCCACCAGCCGACCUCGGCUGAGCAGCUGCUGGGGAUGCUGACCAGGGGGAACCGUAACCGCACGCAGCACCCCACGGACGCCAACGCUACGUCCUCGCGCUCCCAUGCCAUCUUCCAGAUCUUCGUGAAGCAGCAGGACCGGGUGCCAGGUCUGACCCAGGCCCUUCAGGUGGCCAAGAUGAGCCUGAUUGACCUGGCUGGCUCGGAGCGGGCGUCUAGCACCCACGCCAAGGGGGAGCGGCUGCGGGAGGGCGCCAACAUCAACCGCUCGCUGCUGGCCCUCAUCAACGUCCUUAACGCCCUGGCCGACCAGAAGGGCCGCAAGUCUCACGUGCCCUACCGCGACAGCAAGCUGACCCGCCUACUCAAGGACUCCAUCGGGGGCAACUGCCGCACGGUAAUGAUCGCUGCCAUCAGCCCCUCCAGCCUGGCCUACGAGGACACUUACAACACCCUCAAGUAUGCCGACCGGGCCAAGGAGAUCAAACUCUCGCUGAAGAGCAACGUGAUCAGCCUGGACUGUCACAUCAGCCAGUACGCCACCAUCUGCCAGCAGCUCCAGGCUGAGGUGGCCGCCCUGAGGGAGAAGCUCCAAGUGUAUGAGGCAGGAGCCCAGGCCCCACAGCAGGACCCCCCACCAUGCCCCACCUCGGGCCCUCCACAUCAACCGCUUCCCAGGUGCCCCUCACCAUCCCGCCUCCCCAGCAAGUCCUGCACCCCAGAGCACCACCCAGGGUCGGCAGUCCUUCAAGAGGAGAGCCUGGGGGCAGAAGACCAGGUGGAGAAGGUCGUGGAAGGGAACUCUUCAAACAGGGAGCAGCCCCCGGAGGACAAGGACGAAGGCCCGGCUGAGGAGGUUCCAAUCCAGGUGCCAGAGCAGAACCUCAGACAGCCAUCACCCGGGUCCCCUGACCCGACCAUGCAGCCCAAGCCAGUCGUGGACCACCUCCCACCACAGAACCUGGGCAGGGACCAUUCUAAGCAGUUGGCCCUGAGGGUGCUGUGCCUGGCCCGGCGCCAGUAUUCCCUGCUCCAAACAGCCAACCUCCUGACCCCCGACAUGAUCGCAGAGUUUGAGACCCUGCAGCAGCUGGUGCAAGAGGAAAACACUGAGCCUGGAGGAGAGGCCUCCAGGGAGCCUGGCGCCACCAGGGAGGCACCUCUGGCUCAGGAGCUGCGUUCAGAGUCAAAGUCUCCAGGAUACUCUGGCCCUGUGACCCGGACCAUGGCAAGGCAACUAAAUGGCCUCAUACACACUCUGGGGGUCCCAGCCAGGCCAGACCGCACCCCAGCCCGGGCAUCCCGGCGGACCCCCGAGAAGAAGAGGAGGAGACCGAGCCCCUCGGAGCCAGAUAACCCCCCAGCCCCGAAGACCGGGACCAAGCGCCAGCGCCAGUCCCUCCUGCCCUGCCUGAGGAGGGGCACCCCGCCUGAGGCUCGGCUUCCAUGCGGACACACCACCCCCACAGGGGGAAGGACCUCCUCCCCAUGCCAUUCCUCCCCUCGCUUCUGCCCAACCACAGUCAUCAAAAGCCGGGUGCCCCUGGGCCCUUCCGCUCUGCAGAACAGCUCUACCCCUCUGGCCCUGCCCUCGCGGGACCUCAACGCCACCUUUGAUCUCUCCGAGGAGCCCCCCUCGAAGCUGGGCUGCCAUGAAUGCGUUGGCUGGGAAAAUGUCCCCCAGGAGCGGAACAGGCUGGAUCAGCCCUUCAUCCCCAGCGGACGCAUGCCCCUGUUCACCAUGAGGGGCCCCAAGCCAGCAUCUUCCUUCCCUGGGACCUCAGCCCGCAAGAAGAGGCGUGUAGUGAGUUCCUCAGUCUCCCGCUCACUGGGAGUCACCCGGGGCCACAGCCGCAUCGCCCGCCUCCCCAGCAGCACUUUGAAGAGGCCGACUGGGACCCCGGCGAUCCCAGAUCUCCCCUCCAGUCCCCACUACCCUGGCAACCAGAGGAGCCAGAAGGAACUGAUGGGGGUUGGGGGAGCACCGUCAGCUGUGAGCUGCUCUCCCAAGGUGUCCUGACCACCCGGCCCCUCUUAGUCCCUGGAGCUGCCCGCGCCAGGAGCCCCGACCUGCCUUCCUCAGCUCGGAGCAACUAACGCCAACACCCGCUUUCUUUAUUAACCUACCUCCCCCAGCCGUUCAUUCUGCUACUCGCCCUCUUGAUUAAUCUCUUGUUACACUCAGCUUCUCAGCGUGUAUUUAUUCAUUUGUGAGUGUUCAUGUGUUGCUAUUUUAAAGGGUGCUGUCAUCAUUCUCCCCUAGUUUAUAACGCCCUCCGUGCAGGAAGGUGGCUUUGGGGCUUUGUUGCCCACCCCCCAUCUAACACAGGGCUCUGCACAGUGAUGGCCGCUGCGCAGUGGAGGAGGGGUGAGCAUGAAUGGGGGCAUGAGGGAGUCCCAGCCUGGCUCUUCCUGGCUUUUGAGAGAGAAGCAUCUUCAGCCGCAUCCCCCUGCCACAGUCCUGGCAAUGAUGCAGAUGACGGUGGUGCCUUGAUUUCCAAAUGAAGAGAGUUUAUCAUUUUUACCCAAUUGUAAACAGGACACACCCUCAGUGUAAGAAGAAGUGUAAACCUUAAUGCUGUCACCUAGACAUGAGCUGUUAAUACUUAGAUUUAUAUCCUUAGAUCCUUUAUUUCUGCAUAUAUACAUAUAUAUAUGUAUGGGUAGAUAUAUAUUUUUUUAUUUUAACGAUUAAUAAACCA